AUGUCUCAUUUACUUAUAUGGAGGGGAGAAGGUAGAUGGAAUGUCUCAUUUACUGUACAUGGAGGGGAGAAGGACCCUGUGUUGUUUACGGGUCCGUUAAGGCUGAACCUUGACCCCCAAGACCUGUACUCGGACCAGGACAUCUGGUCGGCCUUGGACCACACCCACAUCCGCCAGUUUGUCGAGUCCUUGCCUGACCUUUUGCAGAGUGACUGUGGAGAGGGAGGAACCAACUUCAGUGUCGGACAACGUCAACUAUUCUGUAUGAGCAGAACGCUCUUGAAGAAAUCCAAGAUCCUUGUUCUGGACGAAGCUACAGCAGCCGUUGAUAUGGCAACAGAUGACCUGAUCCAGCAGACCAUCAGGUCAGAGCUCAAGGACUGCACGGUGCUGACCAUCGCCCACAGACUCAACACGGUCAUGGACUACGACAGGAUCCUAGUCCUGGACAACGGUUGUGUAUGUGAGUUUGACACACCCUCCUCCCUGCUGCAACAGCCUGACAGCAUCUUCUACAACAUGGCCAAAGCUGCAGGGUUGAUCUCGUAAUGUUCAGAGAGUUGACAGAAAUUGUAUGUUGCAAA